AUGGAUACCCCCAAUCAUGUAGAUUUUGAUAAGGAUGAGCAUCGGAAGCGGGUACCUGCAUUCGCAAGCUUCCCUCUCGGCUUCUACUCGCCACUCUCGCAUAUCAGAGUAUCAUACCUGUCUUCUUCUUCGGCUGUCGGUGGAGUGUUGUUGCCACCAGACAUGAUGGCAGCAAGAGGAGUGUCGAUUGGAAUGAAGAACGAGAGGGAAAGCAGUAGCAGCAGGCAACAGAAAGUAUCAUACCACAACGAUUACAAUCAGUCGCUUCUUUUCAAUUGUAGACCAUUCUCGCUCAAUCGAAGGUUCAAUAUGCGACAACAAGUCUUUAUCAGGUGUGAUUCUUACUGUUAU